AAAAAAACUCCAAAGGGUUUAGAAGGGUUUUAGUAAGUGUGAGGUAAAAAAGACGUCGUAUAAGCAUGUCUUAUCUACACAUGAGAGAAGAAAAUCAAGAUUCAAGAAUCAGCCAUUGUUGGAGUUUUGUCUGAGCUCCUUGAGCAAGCAUAGUAAAUGAUGACCACCACAAAUCUCUCUCUUUUUCGCACCCCCUUUUCACCUUCCAAUUCAGUAUUACCCUUAGUUUCUCCCAAAUCUCUGGCCUUGCUUUUGGACAAUUCCAAGAAAUCAACAUCAAGAACACCAACUAGAACAAGUACCAAGACCCCAAUAACUAAGGUGUUGGCCAGUGGUGUAUCUACUGCGGCAGUAGAGGGAGAAGCUGAUGUUGAAGUUGCUGAAGGGUAUACAAUUACUCAGUUUUGUGAUAAAAUGAUUGAUUUAUUCCUAUAUGAAAAACCCAAGUCAAAAGAUUGGAGAAAGUACUUGGUUUUUAGAGAAGAAUGGAACAAGUACAGGGAUAGAUUUUACAAUAGGUGUCAAACUCGAGCUGAAAAAGAAGCUGAUUCUCAAAUGAAGGAUAAAUUAAUUAGCUUGGCUAGAAAAGUUAGGAAGAUUGAUGAUGCUAUGGAAAGGCAUAGUGAACUUCUCAAAGAGAUACAAGAUAACCCGAGGGAUUUGAAUGCAAUUGUUACUAAGAGGCGCAAGGACUUCAAUGGUGAAUUCUUUAAGCACCUGACUUUGCUUUCAGAAACUUAUGACACCUUGGAGGACCGAGAUGCAUUUGCCAGACUUGGGACUAGAUGCUUGUCUGCAGUCAGUGCUUAUGACAACACACUGGAGAUUGUGGGAACAUUAGAUACUGCCCAGGCCAAAUUUGAUGACAUCUUGAACUCUCCAUCAGUAGAUGCAGCAUGUGAUAAGAUUAAAAGCCUUGCCAAGAGCAAAGAACUUGACUCUUCUUUAGUGCUGUUGAUAAAUGGUGCUUGGGCUUCGGCAAAAGAAUCCUCCACCAUGAGAAAUGAGGUAAAGGAGAUAAUGCACCGUCUAUACAAGGCUACACAGAGUAGUCUAAGGAGUAUGGCACCAAAAGAAAUAAAGCUGCUUAAGUACUUGCUAAACAUCACAGAUCCUGAAGAGCGGUUCUCAUCAUUGGCAACAGCUUUCAGCCCUGGUCACGAACACGAUGCCAAGGAUCCUAAUGCUAUUUACACAACUCCAAGAGAGCUGCACAAGUGGAUCAAAGUCAUGCUUGACGCAUACAACCUGAACAAAGAAGAGACUGAAAUUAGAGAAGCCAAGCAGUUGACUCAACCUGUUGUUAUUCAGAGACUUUUCAUUCUGAAGGAGACAAUUGAAGCAGAAUAUUUGGAAAAAGAAGAUAAUACUGAAAAAGAUUCAAAGCCAGAAGAAAUUGUGAUAUGACUACCUAGUCCACCAACAUAUCUGUUGCGCGCCACCAUUUAUUGCUAUUGCUCACUAUCCAUUCUCUGCUCAAAAUUUGUAACAGCAGGCAAUUUCUUUGGUGAUUUAAUGUUAUCUCCUUCAGUAUGCAGGUUUACAAUGGAUAGCAUGGUGGCAAUAGUGAAGGCAUAUGUAUAGUUGGUUUUGUAGAAGUAGCAAAAUGUUCUUGCCUUUUUAUGUAAGUGAUCCUACUUGUAAUUUUCUCUUCUGAUAGAGAGCUUCUUAUAUUUAAACUUGCCCGAAGUUCUGCG